GUGUCAGCUGAUCUAUGUUGUCGACGUUAAUCCGUUAGCUAGCUAGGUCGGCUGUUCUGUACUGGUGGUAGAGCGAAGUGUCCAGUAGCAUGCAAAAUAUGUUGACCCUCAUCUCAAACGUGUUCCGACUUGGCAACGCCAGCAAGAAUGUGGGAGCCCAAACAGUGUCAGAGGGGGCCAGGAUGGUGGUGUCCACACGCUCCAUCGCUGACUUCACCCCACAGGCCAGCUUUCACAUCAAGAAGUGUGAGCUGCACCGUCUGGAGGAGGGCCCCUCUGAGACGGCGGUGUUGACCAGAGAACAGGGCCUCCAGUACUACAGGACCAUGCAGACCAUGAGACGCAUGGAGCUGAAGGCUGACCAGCUUUACAAGCAGAAGAUCAUCAGAGGCUUCUGCCACCUCUACGACGGACAGGAGGCAUGUGCGAUGGGCAUCGAGGCGGGCAUCAACCCAACAGACCACCUGAUCACAGCGUACCGUGCCCACGGCUACACCUUCACACGGGGUGUGUCCGUUAGAGAGAUCAUGGCUGAACUCACAGGUCGUAGAGGGGGUGUGGCCAAAGGUAAAGGUGGUUCUAUGCACAUGUACGCUAAACACUUCUAUGGAGGGAAUGGAAUCGUUGGGGCUCAGGUUCCAUUAGGGGCAGGUGUGGCCCUAGCCUGCCAGUACCAGGGCAACAACCAGGUGUGCGUGGCGCUGUACGGAGACGGAGCAGCCAACCAGGGCCAGAUCUUUGAGUCGUUCAACAUGGCGGCUCUGUGGAAGCUGCCGUGUAUCUUCAUCUGCGAGAACAACAAGUUCGGCAUGGGGACGUCUGUAGAGAGGUCCUCCGCUAGCACUGAGUACUUCAAGAGAGGAGACUAUAUACCUGGAAUCAAGGUGGAUGGCAUGGACGUGCUGUGUGUGAGGGAGGCCAUCAAGUUUGCUGCAGACCACUGCAGAGCCGGGAAGGGUCCUAUUGUGAUGGAGCUGGAGACCUACCGUUACCAUGGACAUAGCAUGAGCGACCCCGGGGUUAGCUACCGUUCACGUGAGGAGAUCCAGGAAGUGCGCAGUAAGAGUGACCCCAUCACCAUGCUGAAGGAACGCAUGCUGUCCAACAACAUGGCUUGUGUGGAGGAGAUCAAGGAGAUAGAUGUAGAGAUCAGGAAGGUGAUCGAGGACGCGGCCCAGUUUGCCAUCUCUGACCCUGAGCCGCCAUUGGACGAGCUCUGCAACCACAUCUUUGCCAACGAUCUACCCAUGGAGGUCCGCGGGACCAACCCCUGGGUCAAACUGAAGUCUGUCAGCUAGACACACACACCUGGACCAUCCCCUCCUACCCUCUGCAACACCAACCCCUGGGUCAAACUGAAGUCUGUCAGCUAGACACACACACCUGGACCAUCCCCUCCUACCCUCUGCAACACCAACCCCUGGGUCAAACUGAAGUCUGUCAGCUAGACACACACACCUGGACCAUCCCCUCCUACCCUCUGCAACACCAACCCCUGGGUCAAACUGAAGUCUGUCAGCUAGACACACACACCUGGACCAAACUACAGUCCAACAGCUACACAUCCCCUCCGACCCUCUGCGACACCAAUGCCUGGGUGAAAGUCUACUCCUCCUCUCCUCCUUCUCCCUUCUCUCAUUCCUUCGUUAGUUGUCUCUAAACGCGCAAUAUGAGAGGAGGUCAUGACCCUGUAGGUCAGUGUUCAGUCUGUAGCAGCAUUCCAAACCAGUCUGUCACCUCUGACCCUCUGAUGUCACUGGUAUUUAUUGACAAUAUGUACUGUAAAGAGUAUACUAUGUAGUUUUAUAUUGAUGUGUUCUCCUGAUACUGAGGGACUGUAGAUUGGAGGUGUAUGGCUUAGGGCAGGCUGUUGUUCCAGCCUAGCACUAACACACCUGAUUCAAUCAGUCACCAAUACAUUCAUUAGCUGGAACUAGUGUGUUAAUGCUGAUACUGACAAAGCUUGCACACCCUAGAACUCUCCAGAACCAGGGUUGGCCACCCCAGACUAAGGGAGUGUGUGUGGGGGUGGUUUUGGGUUAAACCAAGUCCAUCUCUGUUUCUAAUGCUCCCAUCUGUUAAUGUAUGACCUCUGACCCAGAUGUUAUUAAAGCACCGUAGCACUCGUUGCACUUUGAUAGAUAAACUAAUGAGACACCAGGCUGCAAGUCAUUAUUUUAUCAUAGGAAAAGACAAGCAAUGGUAGUUCCUUUCUCUGACCUCCUCCUUUCUCCCUCUCCUUCUUGUCCUCUCUGCCUCCCUCCCUCCCCCCUCUCUCCGUGAGGAGCGGAUACCGAUCCAGGCCCUGAUAAACUGAAGAGGAACAUCUGUGAGAACUAAAUGAGUGAACGAUUAUAAUACUGUUUGUUGUGAUUUGAUUGAAGCAAUAAAAUUGGCUGAGACUGUA